AUGGGUUCAGUCGAUAUCGUGCCCUCCGAAACCCGGCUUUUCAAGCCACUGAAAGUGGGCAGGAUGACGCUGCAGCAUCGGAUCGUCUUCGCUCCCCUGACGCGCUUCCGGAACGAUGAUGACCAUGUGCCGCUCCCAUUCAUGCAGAAGUAUUAUGCGGACCGCGCUUCGGCGCCUGGCACCUUGGUCAUUUCGGAAGCAACUGCAAUAUCUCACAACGAAGAGGGAUCACCGAACCUUCCUGGCUUCGUGUCUGCCGGUCAGGUCGAAGGCUGGAGACGGAUCAUCGACGCAGUCCAUCAGAAGGGAUCCUUUUAUUUCCAGCAGAUCUGGGGUAUGGGCCGCGCAUCGGAUCCGAAGUACAUGGCUGAGCGAGGCUUCCCGUACCGGUCGAGCGGCGCGGUGGCUAUGGAAGGAGUUGGCGUCACGCCCCGGGAAAUGACAGAAGAGGAGAUUCUCCAGACGAUUCAGGACUUUGUCAGCACUGCUAAGAGGGUUGUUUCCGCCGGAGCAGACGGGGUGGAAAUCCACUCGGCACAUGGCUAUCUCCUGGACCAGUUCCUCUCCGACAAAAUCAACCAGCGCACCGACAAGUGGGGUGGUUCGAUAGAGAACAGAUGCCGCCUGACGCUGGAGGUUGUGAAGGCCGUUUCCGAGGCUAUUGGUGCGGAGCGAGUUGCUGUUCGAGUAUCCCCUUUCGCCGGCUUCCAGGGAUCUGAAAAGUCCGACAUCAAGGAACUCUACACCUAUCUCAUCGGCGCACUGAAGAAGAUGAACAAGAAAUUCGCCUACCUGUCUCUCGUUGAGGCGCGCGGAGACCCUGCCGUCCUCCUCUUCAACGGCAAGAAAAUCAACCAGGAAAAGACCUUGGAUUUCAUUCUAGAGGCCUGGGAUAACCACACGCCCGUCCUCGUCGCCGGAGGCUACAAGCCAGAUACCGCAGCCUGGGCGUUGGAGGAGCGCUAUAAGAAGUGGGACGUGCUCAUUGGAUUUGGCCGAUACUUCAUUUCCAACCCGGACCUGGUCUUCAGGAUCCAACAUGGCAUCGAGCUGGCCCAGUACGACCGGUCGACCUUCUACGUCAACAAGUCGGAGGCGGGAUACAACGACUAUCCGUUUUCCGCCGAGUUUGUGAAGGCGCAUCCAGACGCCUAG